UCCUGCAAAGGGUACUUUGUGUGUUCAUGGUUUCAUGAGUGUCCAUAGAACCAUUUUCUUUACUAAAGAACCCUACUAAAUGUUUUUGUCCAUAAUCUAAGUUCAACAGUAGCUGCAAAAUGUAAUUAGAUCUCUAAAAUGAUAAUCAGGUAGUUCUCCGUUUUGCACGUUCUACUGUGAUAAUUUAGAGAUCAUGACGAGCUGAACUGCACAUGAAAAGCCGUGAAAAGCUGAUGCCUGAUGCAUCUGCAUCUCCAUCAUCGCUAGUGGUGUUGCUCUACACUGCCAAUUUGCCAGAGAGAUGCCACUUUUCAUUCACUGUGUGAUCUGACAUGCCCCAACAGAUCUGAGCAGCAAGGGGGAGCAUUUAUCUAUCACUUUGUAUUAAUUUAUACACUGAUCAGCCAGAACAUUAUGACCACCCCCUUGUUUCUACAGCUCAUUGUUCAUUUUAUCAGCUCCACUUACUAUGUAGGUGCACUUUGUAGUUCUACAAUUACAGACUGUAGUCCAUUUGUUCCUCUGCAUAUUUUGUUGCCCUGUUCUUUAGUGCCCCAUGGACCCUCACAGAGCAGGUACUACAACAGAAUGGUGGAUAGUUCUUACCACUGAUCCACCUUAUUUAGCUAACUUACCCAUUAUACAAAGCAGCAAGGUAGCUACCAGAGUGAAUAAAUGAUCUGGCUAGGUAAAAUAAUGUCAUAAAAGGUAACUUUGUGCAUUAAUUUCAGAAACACUGAGGGUGACUGCACUGAGACAGUGGCAGCGCAUAGAGACAGAGAGACAACAGUAAAUAGAGAAUGUUUCCAAUGAUUAUACUACAGUAAAUACAUACUGAGACAUUAAUAGGUUAGAGCCUUUUCUUUUUUCAAACUGCUUUCCUCCCUUAAAAUAUUUUUAUCAUGUUGUCAUACUGCUUUUUUUAAAUAUACAUUUAGUGAACAGAGAAUAAAAAAUUUCCCAUUAGAUUAAAUUCUCAGACUGAUGUACUGCUGUAGAUUCAUACUCUGACAUUAACCUGCUCUGAUGCUUGUUUCUUGAUAUUCUUCAUGAUAUAUAAUGUGGCUCUUAGAAUUCUGAACUUUGAAGAGAAAUCUCCUCUCAGUAUUGUGACAAUUUUUAUGAUAAUAAAAUACCACAAUAUUGCCCACCCCUAUAUUAAAGUAUUAAAGUUAAUCGUUCUGCAAAACAGUUUUGCUAAAGGGAAAUCGUUUGUAAAUAUCUCAAAACCUAUUUUCCCUUAAAAAACCAGACCGAUUGUUUUCUUUUGCUUAUAACUACAUAUUUGUUAAUAUGAUGUCAGUGGGACACGCAUGGCACCUCAGUCGUGGAGUCGCCUAAAUAUACUUUUGUACUUUUAUACUACAAUUAAAUAUCGAACUUUUAUUUGAGCACAUAAAACUGAACACAUGCAAAUAGAGGAACUAUGGAACUGGCCCACCUCUAUAAGGAACAGGUCGUGAUAGUAACUGUGAUAAUAAACCAAAGUCCUGCUAAGUCGUGGAAUUCAUUCUUGCAUUCAUUCCAUUCCUAUCGGUCACACUGUAAAAGACACAGUAGUUUUGCUUUCCUGGUUUACGAGCUCGUGAGUCAGCGACCACCUACAGCGGUCUUUCCCGCAGCCUGCUUACACGUACAGGGCGUGUUUUAACUUCAUCACGUUUCUCAGCUCCCUCCCUUGCUCUGUAAGCCGGAGUGUGUUAGUGUUUCUUCUGGGGGGUCUUCGGCGUCAUCUGUGUCAUUUACUGGCAUGCGCCGCUCGGAAUGUUAAAAUGUGGUGAAGGCCUGUUAGUUGGGCGCGCCCACGCUCACUCCAGGCUCGCGGGAACGCGCGUGCGUUUCUCUUCCCACGCGAAGCCCUUGUUGUGUUUUUUACCCUACCCGUUAUCCGGCAGACUCCGUCCCUUCGUGGUACGAUUGGCUAAUCGGUCCUGUUCGCCAGCGGUCUGAGUCCCUCCGUAUUUAAAGCCACACUGCGGUGGAUGCAGACCACCAGAACUCUCCAGGCAAAGUACUGAACACGCCAAGGUACACAGGCCCCCAAACCGAAACGGCAACCUUCAGUAGUGCUGUCUACCACAGAGGAGCAGAGUGGAGUAGAACGAGGGAGCCAUGGAUGGACAGCAUUCAGACAGAUGUGAUAGUAAAGAGCUUGACAUUCAUCCAGGGUUUAGGAUUAAAAUGGGCUUUCCUACCCACAAUCCAUCAGAUCAUGACACACCACACACACCUGAUUCACAGGUGUUAGAACUGAGCGUGCUUAAUUUACACAUCAAGCUUUCAGACCUAAGGAGGACAAAUCAAGAGCUGCUCUACGUAAAUAAGAAAUGGGCCGAACAGUACAAUAGCCUGAGACUGCAUUUUGAACACCAGGUAACUGAACUGAACAGAAGGUUGCAAAACUAUGAGCAGAGAAAAGAAGAGAAAGAGAAAAGGAUGGAGGACUUCUCUUCUCUUACAGAUAAAACUAAAGAGAGCACCCAGGAGACUGAGCUGAAAUCCCGCCUUCAGAAGGCAGACAGCGAGAUAGAGAGGGUGAGGAUGCAGUGUGACACUCUGACCAGCAGAGGACAGCAGCAAGAGGAAGAAAUCAGGAGACUGAAUAAGGUCCUGCAGAGGGCGCAGAAGAGUUUGGCAGUGCAGCAAGAGAGCAAACAGACAGAGGAGACCAUCUGGAAACAUCAGGCACAAGUGUAUAAAGAGGACUUCUUAAAAGAGAGGAAAGACAGGGACAAGUUAAAGGAGAAGUAUGCAGAGCUGGAGAAGAAAUACAAGAAAAUCCAUGCAGACCUACAUGUUUACAAAGCACAGGUACAGUGGGCUACAACAACCCCCUCUACAGGCCCCUCACCACACACGUGACCCAUGUGACCCUUUAGCUGAGUCACAUUCAGCUACACCACAAAAAGGGCACUUUAUUCAUGGCUUGCCCUAAGCUGUGGCUAUUUUCUCUACAUCUACACAUAGAAAUGUGCAAAUGUGUUUCCAGCCUUUUAUUAGUGUAUAUAUCCUGUACUAUUAUUUAAGCCCAUAAAUAAAAUAAUGAAAAUAGAUUAAAUUAUAUAAAGUCAAUAAAGUUAUGUCCACCAUUACUGGUUGCAUAUUUAGGCCCAGCCUUUCCAACAGUUCAGUGAACACAGAUGUAUUUUCAAGAAUAUUCUCAUGAAAUGUAAAGCUGACUGUAAAUUCUUCACACUGACCCUACUGAAUACAAUUAACAACUAAUGCUGUGGUGCCAAUUUGUGUUGGGAAGUUCAACUUUAUUUGAGAUUAAGUACUUUUUACAUCUUAAUUUGGACCCUAAACACAAAAGUGGUAAAAACAGUAGCUAGUUUGAGACAUUUCAUUAAUUAUGCUAUGAAAGGGUCCAAGAUGAGUUUUAAAUGGAUGUAGUCAAACUACUCAUAUAAGCCUUUCUAUACUUUGAGUACAUGAUAUUUCAAAUGUAACCUAUUAAUUCCAGCCUUAUUGCAUGCAGUCUGAAGUGGCUAAGACCUUUUCAACUAAUGAUGUUACUAACAUUAAUUUAUUUUCCUGCCCUUUGUUUGUUACUAUUUGUUGCUUUAUUUGCAUUUUUGGUUGUUGCUUUUUUUGCUGCUCUUUACCCACUGACACAGCCUGAUGUCUGAGUAGUAAAUGUAUUUUCACCUAAUUCUAAAAGAUAAAGUCAUGACAUAAGCUAACAUACUAAGGAUGUUUACUGGCCAGAGGGAGUUCCUGCAUAUCUACCAGCCACUACACACACCACUAGCAACUAGCCAGCUGGAUUAAGAUCUGAAUGGAUGAUGUGUUACUUAACUCUUUCAUGUCCAUACCUGAUGUUUCAAAUCAAUCCCUGUGGCUAAAACAUUUUAUGACAUAAUUUGCCAUAUUAAAUCUAGUCUUUUGUUCACAUGGGACUACUUGUAUAACAAAACAAUAAAGAUGUUUUGAUUGUGAAUAAAAAAAUGAAAAUGACAUGUUACUACUAUUAAAACUAUUACUGCUAUUUAAGUGGACACUGUUAGCUGUUAAAGCUUCACUAUAUAAGUUUUGGGGAUUUGAUGACUUCUCUGGUGGAAAUAUGUAAUUGCAUGCAUGUGGGAUUCUGCUUUAACCCCUUCCUCAAGUGGAUGAAUCUGUUGAUUGCACAUGCAUUGAAUGGGUAUUCAAAGAGAAUUCUGUAAAAACAUCUGGAAGGACAUGUCGUCUGAGGAUGUAAGUGAAUUAUCUGCUUUUAUCACUCCUUCAUCAGUUUAAUGCUUUUUUUUGCAUUUGAGCUCUAAAGACUAAACUUAAGCCUGUCAAGUUAAUACAAAAAGAUAUAUGACAUGGUCUGAAAAACUUUUAAAAUACUAUUUCAGGCUUUACUGAGUGACUUGCAGCAGCACAUGGACACUAUAUUUUAGCAUGUUUUUUUUUUUCUCCUGACUCAGUAAUGCCUCUUGUUUUAAGUUUGAACAAAAAUACCUUGAUCAGCUUUAAUCUGGGGAAUAACUGCAUAAAAUGUAUAAUGUUAAACCAACUACAACAAAAUCUGUAACAUUUUUCCAUGUUGUAAGGGGGGUGGCCAUGUAGAGUGGCCACUGCACCUCCAGGGGCUCUGUUGAAACUCUGUGGGGUUACUGGGACAGCUGACCCUUGAAUGGGGGCUAUGGAGUGUGCCGCUACUGGCUCAUGCUGUUGAGGGAGCAUGGGAGGCCUUGCCAUACAUAGCGGCCACGCACACACUUGCUCUCUGGAAGUGACUCAUUUACAAUAAAUGUCUAGCAAAGACUUAUUGUAAAUAAAAUGCUGUUGUUAGCUUAAAGAUGUGCACAUGUGUCAUUCUGCAUCAGGUAGUUUGCAUGGGUUGCUGUCUACCAUGAAGGAUGGUUGUGAAUGGUUAGAUGUGACCAUUUCAGCAGUGCUGAGUGGCAGUUCUACCAUAAUGCAUGCUCAAUUAAAGAGUGUUCACCUUUAAAA